AUGAUGAAGAAGCCAUCUGGUGCAUUAACUUUCUGUCUACUCAUAAUCUUCUUCUUCUUAUCUCCAAAGAUGAUGAUGAUGGGCAUGGCCCAGAACAAUGUGAGUGUAGGUGUUGUUCUUGACAUGGAAGAAGAAGUUGCCCAGAUUGGUCUGAGCUGUAUUUCCAUGGCUCUUUCUGAUUUCUACACUUCUAAUCCCAACUAUGCCACCAGGCUUAUUCUCCACACCAAAGACUCCAAGGGUACUGUUCUUGGUGCUGCAGCUGCUGCUUUGGAACUGCUGAAGAAUGUGGAAGUGAAAGCUAUAAUAGGACCAUUUACAUCCAUGCAAGCCGAGUUUGUUUCUAACCUCGGGGACAAAGCUAGAGUACCCGUCAUCUCAUUUUCCGCUACAAGCCCGUCCCUAACAUCCCUCAGAAGCCCAUACUUCGUUCGUGCAGCCCUAAACGACUCAUCUCAAGUAGAGGCUAUAUCCGCAUUAGUAAAAGCCUUCGCUUGGAGACAAGUCGUCCCAAUCUACGUAGACAAUGAAUUCGGCGCCUCCUUGAUACCUUUUCUAGCCGACGCACUCGAGAAAGUCAACACCCGAAUCCCCUAUAGAAGUUCCAUUCAUCCAAAUGCUACAAAUGACCAAAUUGUCCAAGAGCUUUACAAGUUAAUGACGAUGCAAACCCGGGUUUUCAUCUUGCACAUGGGCCCGUCGUUGGCCUCGAAGUUCUUUGAUAAAGUUAAAGAGGUUGGGAUGAUGAGUGCAGGAUACGUUUGGAUAGUGACAAGUUCAGUUGCAAAUCAACUUACUUCACUCGGUUCGAUGGAGGGGGUUCUAGGAGUAAGGCCUCAUCUUCAAUCAGAUUUCGAUCGGAUCAAGAACUUUACUGACCGUUGGAUAAAAAACCGUCAAAAGCAUAAUCCCGAUGUGAUACAUCCACACCUCAACAUUUACGGACUUUGGGCAUACGAUGCCGCCACUGCACUAGCCAUGGCAGUCGAGGAAGCGGGGGUUGUGAAUGGAAGGUUCUGGACUAUUUCACGGAACGCGGAGGAUCUUGAAGCUUUUGGAGAAUCUCGAGUUGGCCCGGGAUUAAUCAAAUCAAUCUUGAAAACUAAAUUUAAAGGGCUCGGUGGGUAUUUCAGGAUCGUCGAUAAUCAGUUGGAAUCGUCUGCUUUCGAGAUCAUCAAUGGUGAGAAGAUUAUAGGGUUUUGGACUCGGAAAGAUGGAAUCAUCAGGAAGCUGAACAAAUCCACGAAGCCGAGCUCAAUCCCUAAGGAGAAUCUUGGCUCCAUCAUAUGGCCUGGAGAUAACAUCCAGGCUCCAAAGGGUUGGGCGGUCACUACAAACGGAAAGAAGCUGAUAAUAGGGGUUCCGGUGAAGGAAGGUUUUAAAGAAUUUGAAGGAUACAGCAAGGAAGUCUUCGAAGCAGUCGUAGCAAAACUAAAGUACGAUAUCCCACGCGAAUACGUUCCUUUUGGUUCAGAUGGAAAGAUGAAUGGCUCUUACGACGACUUAGUGCAACAAGUGUAUUUUGGGAAAUUUGAUGCUGUUGUGGGAGAUGUAACGAUCAGAGGUAACAGAUCGAACUACGUGGAUUUUACGCUUCCUUACACCGAAAGCGGGGUAAUCAUGAUUGUCCCUAUUAAUGAUAAAACGAGGAAAAAUACAUGGAUGUUUUUGAGACCACUUACUUGGGAGCUUUGGGUGACAAGUUUCUGCUUGUUUGCCUUCAUUGGGUUUAUUGUUUGGAUUCUCGAACAUCGAGUAAACGAAGAAUUCAGAGGACCACCUUCUCAUCAAGCUGGAACAAUCUUUUGGUUCUCAUUCUCAACCAUGGUUUUUGCGCACAGGGAGAAGAUAGUAAGUAAUUUGGGAAGGUUCGUAGUGAUCAUAUGGUGCUUCGUGUUCCUUAUACUGGUUCAGAGCUUCACUGCUAGCUUAACUUCAAUGUUAACAGUGCAAAAACUACAACCAAAGAAUGAUGAUAUCAAUCAACUUAUAAAGAACGGAGAGAAUUUUGGGUAUCAAAAAGGUUCUUUUGUUUUUGAUCUCUUAAAGAAAAAGAAAAUUGAUAAAUCCAAACUUAAACCAUUUGGGACAGAAGAAGAAUUAUAUGAGCUCUUUAAGAAGGGAAGCAGAAAUGGUGGUAUUUCAGCUGCUUUAGAGGAAGUCGCAUAUAUAAAACUUUUCUUAGCAAGACACUGCUCCAUGUUUACCAGUGUUGGACCCACAUACAAGGCUGAUGGCUUUGGCUUUGUUUUUCCAAUAAAUUCACCGUUAGUGAACGAUAUUUCAAAAGGCAUUCUAAGUGUGGCAGAAGAAGAUGAAAUGAUGGAAAUAGAAAACAAAUGGUUCAACAAAGGAAAUGGAGAUUGUAAAGAUUCAAGUACCUCACUGUCUUCCAACAGUCUAGGACUGGACAGUUUCAGGGGAUUGUUUUUAAUAGCUUUAACAGCCUCGUUUCUAGCUCUGCUAGUCUAUAUUAUUAUCUUCAUAUAUGAGCAAAGGCACUUCUUCAGCAGCAGCUAUGAAGGAUCUCUUUGGAACAAGAUUGUACUGCUUAUAAGACAUUUCGACAAGAAAGACUAUCAUUCUUACACAGUUAGAAAAAGUGAAUUCGGAGAUGGAAAAAGAGAGAUACGCACACCUGAGACUGAAUUCAACCUCCAUUUUCAUGGUGCUUCGGCUUCUACUUGUCCCCCAAGCGCAACAAGCUCACCGAAACAUACAUAUUAUGAUAACGAAAGCGACUUUUCUUUCGAACAAGGUUCUCCUUCUCCGAAUCACACAGGUAAAUGA